GACGGACUUGAAGGACGUUUAGGGGACAAUCCGUACGGUUACGUAUUAGAGUGUUGUUUGUGGCGGGCUUAAAACCCGAUCCGGAUCUCGAGGCAUGAAUAUUCGGCGGUACUCAUCGCCCGGUGGGUGUAAAAUGCCGUUAUAAAUAGCAACGAGCGUAUAUGGUGGCGGUAGUGUAGCAUCUAAAUAUGCUUGACAGCGAAAAGGAGAGUCUGGAAAUCUCAUGCAGCUUAAACUUGGCUAGUUGCCGACUGAGAGCCGAGGCACUAGCCAGACAAUUACACAGCAAACUGUGGCCUUUGGGAAGAUUCGAAUUAUCGGACAGGCCUUGUGCUGCUUCUUGUCUCAAGCGUUAUGCGUCUAGUUCUACUAGCGAGCCCAUCAUCGAUAGACCGCCCAAGAGGAGACAGUAUGGAGCUAAUCAUUUAAACGCGCACAGUUGCUGGCAGAGUGAAGAAGCCAUGUUUUCUAGCGACGACGAGGGUUACGAACCGGGUGAUUGUUCCUCACCACCCAGUCCCGCCGACGAAGAAAUCGUUGUUAAUCCUCCUAUAACCAUGCCACCCGUACCAGCUUCCAUAGAAACCAGCCCACCGAUGGAGGAAGCCGUGGAGAGCCCUCUCGACUGCGGAGCUAUAGCAGCGUGUGGGAAUAAAAGUACAAUUUUAUCUCUUCGCUCGCAAGAUAAUUGUAUAUUAGACGAAAACGACCUAAAAUACGGCCAGAUAUUGUGUGAAAAACUUCAGAAAUACGCGGAUAAAUGGACAGAAGAGCAGUUUAUAGCCAACGAUGUCAAUCACAUAGAUGCCGUUCCGGAUAAGGAAAUAAAGCUCGAGGAAAUUACUAUCAUAUCGCCGUGCGAAGAGGAAAGUAAUGUUCAGCCCGAAAGUAGAUUUACUGUGGUACCCUGCGACUCGUUAAUAGAGUCUUUGGAAUCUCUGAAAAUCGCGGAAAGUCCGUCCUCUGUUGAUACCGUGUCAGAUAGUGACAGUAAGGAUUUGUCUACGGAAACACAAAACCAGGAAGAAUGGACAAGUAAAAGGCACGAAAAGGGACAACUUUAUUUAAACGUAGAUGACGUUAGAAGGCCCUUAAUAAGGAGCACGUCCUUAAAAACUGGAAAGACCCCUCCUGGUACCCCUCGGAGGAAAAAAAUCGUCCGAUUUGCGGAUGCUUUGGGUUUAGAUCUGGAAGCGGUAAAGCAUAUCGUUACCGACGAUGUUCCUAUAGUUCCACAGUCGGCAUACACAGACUUAAAAGUUCCGAAUUUAGAACAGGACAGUUCGACAGAUAAGACAUGGUCGAUUACUCCUCAUCCCCAGAACAUCAGUCAUACGCCGUCUUAUAGUUUAUAUCCUCAGUUCCAACAACCGGCCAUGUCAUCAGAUUUUAUGAAUCGCGUACGUGAUCAGAAAAUAUGCCUGGAAAAUGUGGUCGUCGACGACAUGACAGUUCAUUGUGUUGUCAGAGUUUUGAAUAUUAAUUUCGAAAAAAUAGUUUACGCCAGAUACACGACUACGGAAUGGGCCACGUGCGAAGACGUCUUGGCUUCAUACGUUCCCGGUUCCCACGACGGAUUUUCGGACAAGUUCUCUUUUAACAUUUACGUGCCCCACUUGACCCCCGGUCAGAGACUAGUUUUCGCCUUAAGAUAUUUAACUAACGGACUCGAAUAUUGGGAUAACAAUCGCUCUUGUAAUUAUGUAUUGAGGUGUUGUAGCAACAGUCAGAUUCUUCCAUUGUCCCAAGAUGGACAUAACUGGCUUCAUCAUUUUAUCUGAAAACACUUACAAGCGCGUAGUGUGUGGUAAGGCAUAACAUUUUUUGUUUUUUUUUUUUUUAGUUUUAGACUACUAGAACUAGUCAAUUGUCCUACAGAGGCUAACACGGCUUUAUUUUGCCCCUUGAGAACCGUUUUUGUUGCGCUGCUUGGGCGUUAUGAGGAAUGGUGGAAUACAGAUUUGCAUAGGCUUUUAUGACGAUGAUGGUACUAUAAUUAUGAGCACCAUUCGCACUUGUUGUUAAUAAUAACGAUGACUAAUCCAUACCUAGGGAAUAUUCUCUUUGGUCUGGAAUUUAACAAAGAAUAUCAAAAUUCUUUUCAGACAGUAUACAUGUGAUAAAUGUCAUUCCAUCUUGAUAGUGAAUUAUACAUCACUGAAAGAUACUGUUUUACCUCGUGGUGUUUUUGUUCCUAUGAGAAAUUUGUAUAUUUAAAUUCCUAUUUGGAUUAGUUCGGUUGUUCCUAGACUAGAAAAUGGAACAGGUUAUUUCCAACUUUUGCACUUUCGGGUUAUGUUCGAAUUGGCAAAGUUUAGAAAUUCCUCUAAAGUAAACUAAGCUUUAAUCUAAUUUUUUAAUGGCAGCUAAUAACCAGUUUUUUUUUUUUUUUUUUAAAUCCUGAAAUGUAGGGGUGUUUUCGGGUUGUUUUCGUAUAUAUAAAAUAAUUCGAUCAACGAAAUAUAUUGUUUACAAUCUAAUACAAAAUCAUAUUAAGUUUUUUAGAAAGAAAAAAAGAAGGAAAGUUUUAUAACGAAGUAACAAAUUUCUAAUUUUAUCUUCAGUCUACUGCAAACUGAACAAACAAAAAUAGAAUCCAGAUGAAAAAAGUACGAUGAUAUCUUUAUAUAAACGUAGCUUUAAACACGUAGACAAUCAUUUUACGUCUAAAAUAAACUAGAGAGUAAAAAAAAUAAUAAAUCAUUAUAAACUACCUCAAAAUGUUAACAGAAUCAAACAAUAAAUUAACAGGAAAAAAAGGAGGAGAAAAGAAAUGACGAUUAAACAUAAACGACACCGACUUUUGUAUUUGCUCUUUUUAAUAUUUGCUGAUUAUUUCUUAAUGUUAUCGCUCUGACGUGAGAUAAGAUCGAUUUCAUCUAUCGAAGUUAAAAUUUCUAUGGAGUUAUAAUUAUGUUUUUUGAUACUCUAUCUUGAAAGACGAACGCGUGAUAGAGGAACGAACUUGGUACGGCCAUUUUUUUUUUUGUAUAGAUAAAGAUAUACCAACCUCUGUCUUCCAUAAUUGAUAGGGAAUAAUGCGCAAUUAAUUCUUAAAUGCCUUCUCUCUCUCUCUCUCUCUCUCUCUCUCCAUAAAGUAAACAUUCCCCGUUUCCCCAUACUUUUUUUUUGUAUUAAAUUUAGUUCAGAAAGUUGGUAUGUACAUUAAAUAAAAUUAUAAAGUAGCAACUGUCAGUUUAAAGAUAUCCCAAAGCAUCUUGAAGGUCAAAGUAUUUUUAGCUUCCGAACGUAGAUGUAAGGCGUUAUUUUCAUAGCUGUUUUGUUAAGAAUUGUUGCUUCUGAGUUUUUAAAGGUGCAUGGCACUUUGUUUUGAAAAAUAUUUUGGUAUUUUUUUAAUUCCAGAAUACUCUGAGAAUAUUCGCUCCGUUGUUGACUCGUAAUUGUUAUAUUAAAAGAAAAAAAAAGUCGAAAAUAUGUUACAGAAAUGAUGAAAAAAAUCAAUUUUAAAAAAAUCACAAAGAUCUGUUACUUCUUAAAGAGUCUUUCAAAAUGUAAAUAUACAAAAUUAUUUUGUUGUGGAAUUUGAAAAAAAUAGCUUUAAUGUUGAAAGAUGUUGAAAGUUUUAGCAAUAAAAUAUUCAAACGUAACUAGUGUGGUGUAUGAAUAUUAGUUUAGAAAGAAAAAAAAAAAACGUGACAAUAAAGAGUCUAAAGAA